GGCGCCGUCGCCGCAGUGUCGAAUUUUCAUCAUUUUCACCGUUUUCCGGGGCCAGGAUGGCGCGGAAACCGGUUCCCUUCCGGAUCUUCAAGAUUACGAACCUGGGCGAAGUGACCACCAACCAGCUGUGCAACUACGUGCAGGGUCUUCAUCGGCACAUCCAGCGACAGAAUCUGCGGAUACAAAAGCUGAAGCACAAGAUAAAAUCCUUGAGGAUUCAGAGAAAGCGCAGUCAGAAAGUGGCCAGCGCUGAACCGGAAGUUACGGAAAUCGUCGAGGAAAAGGAAGAGCAACCGCUGGAUAUCAAGGCUUUCGUGGACGACAUCAAACAAACGGCCCAAGAUGUGGACCUCCAGAAUCGCUACAUCUACGAGCCGACAUCCGGAAUGUACUACGAUCCGGAAACAGGAUAUUACUACAACUCGAUUUACGGACUACACUACGAUGGCCAAAGAGGAUGCUACCUGAAGUAUAAUACCACUACCCAGGAGUACGACUUUUACUCGCAGGUCAUACCCGAAACAAUGCUAGAAGAGGAUGAGAAGCCCAAGCAAAAGCAGAAAAAGGCGAUCGAAGCGAGUAAGCCGACGUUAAAGAAGUCACGGGAUAGUGAUGAUAGUACCGAGCGGUCUAGGCACCGUAGCCGGAAGCACGGUCGCAAACGCAAGAAACGCCACCGGAAACAUCGACGCCAUCGGUCCCGGUCACGCAGAUCGUCGAGCGAAUCCGGAAGUGAAAGCUCCAGUUCGAGCGGAAAACGUUCGAAGAGAAAGCGAAAAUCUAAACGCAAACACCGAAAAUCUAGUUCCGUGGAGGUGCGAGAAGAGGGAGAACUGGCAAGCAGUGACUCCAGCAAAUCCAGCUCACCAUCGGUGAUCGUCGUGGAAUCGGAUGGCGAUGGCGCGAGUGACGACUCGGCGGAGCAAUUCAAAACUAACUAUAAAGAUGUCGCCAAACGGUAUCCACCCUCGUUGCGCAUAGUUGUGAAGGAGACCAACCUGAAGGAGCUAAAGAUUGGCUCGCUGUUCAUCGUCACCUGCAAGGGUGGUUCGCUUGGCCGCGAAGGUAACCAUGACGUCAUCAUUCCUGAUAUUAACAUCUCCAAGAGUCACCUUCAGUUCACGUACAACGAUCAGAAGGCCACCUACCAGUUCGUAGAUCUCGGUUCACGGAAUGGCACGCUGUACAAUGGAGUCCGGGUGAAAUUAGGCGAGAACCAGGGGCAAAGCGAUCCCGUGGUACUCCUUCACGGUAGCAUACUCCAGCUAAACCAAACCAAACUACUCUGCCAUGUGCACGAAGGUAACGCAACGUGUGGCAAAUGUGAACCGGGGCUACUGGUGAGCUCCGAGCCAGCGGAACCUCAAGAACUAUCGAACAAAAUAAGCAAACCGGUCUCUCACAAGGAAGGACUUAAACUGAUUCAGAAACGCUUCGGAUUGGAGAAUGAAAAAUAUGUAACCACGGGAGAAAACCAGGUGGCCCAGGGUCAACGGAUUGGACCGGAGUACAAGGACCGGGCUGCAACCAGACGCAAGGUGAAGGGAAGUUCGAAUGAGCACGAAAAGACUCAGGUGGCCUCACUCGAUCAAUCCAUUGCCAGCGAUAACAAGGGCUUCCAGAUGCUGUCGAAGCUCGGUUGGAACGAGGGUAAACCACUCGGACGCAACGAUGCCGGUCUCACGGAACCGAUCCCACUUAAAUCGAACGUUGGAACGUCCGGAUUGGGAUCCACGGGGCAGAUGCAGUACGGAUCGAACGUGCAACCGGUCAAUCCGAAGCGUCACUCCAUUUGGCGCAAAACUCAGGAACGUUUUGAACGAUCAGCGGCCUUCGUUGCUGGAAGCAGUGAGGAUUCGGAGUAACUUACGGGGUGGAAGGCUGAUGCUAUCCAAAUAAAUGUUUGAUACUAUUA